ACUCUGCGAAGGAGACAAUAAAACCUUGUUGAAUCCUUGUGCUCGCUCGGUUGACAAAAUGGCGAGCGAAGAUGACGAGAAAGUCAACGAUGGAGCAGAAAACAUUUCUCCAGGAAUAAUAUAUGUCAGCAAAAUCCCACCCUUUAUGAAGCCAGGAAAGGUUCGAAGUCACAUGACUCAGUUUGGAGAAAUUGGAAGAGUUUUUUUACAGCCAGAAGACCCUCUCACAAGAAAGAGAAGAAAAAAGACUGGAGGAAGUGGGAAAAAGAUGUUUACAGAAGGUUGGGUUGAAUUUAAAGACAAAAAAAUUGCCAAAGCAGUUGCAAGGACACUCAAUGGACAAAUAGUAGGUGGAAAGAAAAGAGGAUAUUACCAUGAUGACAUUUGGAACAUAAAAUAUCUAAAGAAAUUCAAAUGGGGACAUAUCAGUGAAAAACUAGCAUAUGAAAAGGCUGCCAGGGAGCAAAGGAUGAGAGCAGAAAUUUCACAAGUCAGAAAAGAAGCAAAUUUCUAUCUGGAUAACGUAGAAAAAAGUAAAGCAAUAACAGCAAUGGAAGAGAGAAAAAAGAAAAAGCGGAAACAAGCCGAUACUUUGUCACAAGAAGAUGUGGUAAGGCAAAAUUCUAUGGAUGCAGAAAGUACUCGACUAGCAAUGACAAAAUUCAAGCAGAGAAAAGUUGUUAUGAAGGCUGAAGAUCAGCCCAAAGUAGACAGGAAGGAUGUCAAGAAGCAAAUAAAUUCAUCCCUUCUCUCUAAAGUCUUCUGAUAUGCUUGAACAGUAUUUGCUGGUUGCAUCAAAGAUUUCCUCCUGUUUCAGCCAAAAUCUUCUCAGAGCUAGGACCUGACAGGUUUUGAAAGUUAAAGUUCUUGUCAAAAUUCAGAAAAGAUAAUAUACACAUCUGAAGCAGUGGAUUUAUGGGAAAGAAUGACCCUGGGACACCAGUGUGUAUGAAUAGGCUCCUUUUCAUCCACGGGAAAGGUUGCAAUGAGAUGAUACAAACAAACAUAUAUCAUCAUUGAUGAGAUGAUCCUUUUUGCAUGGUUCAUAGUCAUUUUCAUGACUUUGAAUUUAGAAUUAGUUUUACAGUUUAUCGGCACAAGCCAAUUGUUAAUCUGCCAACAGUCUACAGCGAAUAAGUUGGUACUUUAUCAACAACCAUUUAUACCAACAUUACGCAUCCCCACAUCUGAUCAAUUGGAUUUGCUUUUUAGAUUCACUUUUUACAGUCAGCCUUUUUAUGAAAAGUAGCAACUAUCAAAACUGAAAAUUGAAGUAUCCUCUACUUUUUGUUUUUUAGCUUCUUGUGUACCUUUCUUUUAUUUUCUAUAUACCUAGGAAUUGUUUUUUAGCAAUUACAUUUUUUAUUAGUUUUUUCAGCUUGUCAAAAUUAUUUGAGCUGUCAAUAGCCAAUUCACAAGCUUUCAAAUUAUAAUACUCAAACUAUGAUAGAAUUUGGCUCAGACAAAACACAAGCUAUGUUCAAUGUCUUUUCAUUUAUGAUAAUAUCAUGGUUAGCUUGCAAAAUUUAGACAGAAUCUAAAGAUCUAAUUAACAAAGUUAAUGGACAUACUUGUCACAUAAAUAACCAAACUACUCUACAGUUUACACAAUGGAAAUGUGUAAAUAAGAUGCAAAUAUAUGUCAAAUUUUUAACUUAUAUUUUUAACAAAGAUUUGCUCUUAUGGAUGAAUUAAAAUACAAUCAAGGCAAAAAUGCUCACUAAUUGAGUCCAAAACUAUUAUUUUGAAGGAAUUAUAUGGUCAGGUAGUCAACUACUUGCAUCUUAUUUACUUUUAAGAACUUGAAGAAGAACUUAAGUUUUCAAAAACAAACUACAAGUGAAUAAAAAAAACACAACAAUAAAAUGAAAAAUUUGGUUGGCUUUUCUUAAACCACAAAAACUGUUAGUUUUUUAUGUGGAACUGGAAGUUCUGGAAUAAGCCCCUGGGGGCUUAUUUGCAAAAUAAUUUUGGGGUAGGGGCUUAUUUGAGGUCUAUUUAGCAGCAGCCAAAAAUAUUACCUUUCUUCCACUAUUUGAGGCUGGUCAGUAUGCUUAAAAAUGCAGUUAUAUUGGGAAAAAUCUAUUGCUAUUGAGGCAAUACUUCAGCCCAUGGGGGCUUAUUCAAGGGUGGGGGCUUAUUUUACAAAAUUACUUCAGGAUGAGGCUUAUUUGAGGGAGGGCUUAUUCCAAGUUGGGGGCUUACUCAAGAACUUACCCAAAACUAAAUUUAUCUUAAACUUUGCCUUAAAAAGCACAUGCCUAUAUUGCAAAUUAAAAACUUGUUUUCCAAAAGAAAAUGUAAAAAGAAAAAAAUUAAACAAACAAGAUUCACAUUCCAAUCAGAAUGGGAGAGAUGUUUAGAAUUGUAGCCCAUUUUUUUCCUGCCCUGAAGGUCAGAUAAUUGAAAAAAAUUAUUAAAUAACAAAAAUGACGCUAUGAAGCCCCAUUGACUAAAACUGCUACGGCUAAAAUUCUGUUGUUACUUCUUUAUAACAGUCUUGUUUGGAAGAUGAUCUAUGGAUUAAAAAACAUUUUCAUCAAUCAAACCUUAUGGCGAGGCAUUGCUUUAAAGAAAUUUUGACAAACUGUCAGUGUUGUUGAGUUUACCAAAGGUGGUUGGUUACCUUCAGUACUACACAAAUAAUGAAGCCAGCCUCAGGGAUAUAAUCACGGGACCUGAUCAACACUUCCUAACUUUUGAGUUUCUAAAGAUAACCUGAUGAUUACUUUUGGUUGAUGCUUUUCCCCUCUUUCCUUUGACUGUUAUGGGUAGGGCAAAUUUUCAUUGGGUGGUCAUGAGUUGUUGAUGAAAAAUAUUCUGUGGGGGCAUUGACAAGGGCAAGGAAUAUCACUUCUUAAACAAAACAGCCUGAAUAUGGUAAAAUAUAGGAAGAAGAUUGGGGGUGAUGUAGUUGUAAAAAUCACAAGAUGGAUCAGACAGCUAAGUUUCUUUGAUUUUAAUUAAAAAAUAUUUUAGGCAUUCCUGGGAUAGAGAAAACAAGUGUAGUUGAACCCAAGAAGGAAACAAGAAAUUAAUCACUACUUACCACAUUUUGCUCUUUUUACUACUCUUACUUUCUUUCCUUUCUCACAAUUUUUCUUGAACAAUUUGCAUUCAUUACCAUAUGUGAUAGCAUCAGUACCACAAACUGGAGAUUCAUCUUCAGGACAGAAUGCGACACAUUUCUUUCCUGCAAUUCAGAAAACAUAUUAAGUAUGCUAUUGUCAAAAUUUCAUUUGUAGACUGAGGGGAAGCAAUUCGCAGCCCGGCCUGUAAAUGAUAGUUGCUUUUGAUGCCCUACACUGGAUUUUGAUUCCAACCAAGUGUAGUAUUUACAACUGGGCAGCACCCUUGGGGAAAUGAUAUCCUCUUAUGCCUACAAAAAUGGGAAUUGUGGGAUAUGUGAAAGUUUCUGGCAAUACAAUUAGAAACUUUUGUACUUCACAUUGUGAUAACGGAAACUUGUUUUAGAUUUUUUUCCAACCCUUUUAUAUAAAUAUUUACUCAAUUCAUUAUUGUUUAUAUAUGUUUCAUUGUUCUGAUUAAUACUUCCGAUCAAUUCUAUCACUCUUUAUAUUUGUAUCUUCAUUUGUACUUUCCACAUUUACAUAUGAACAGAUGACACUGCUCUAUUUCUUAUCCUUCUUGGUUUUUUUCUCCUGGGUAAACAUUUCACACUUAACAAAUAUCAUUAUUGCUACUUGCAUAUGGUGUCUGUUCCGAUCUUCUUAUAUCUAGCUGCAUUUAUGUUAUUUGUCCACAUAACAAAAUUACGAAGUUAGCUUUUGUUCUCUUGUUCUUAGGUUUUUAUUGCAUGGCUCCAUAUGCCUGGAAUAGCAGUUCUGAUGAAUCUUUUUUACUGAUUAUAUUCUGUAAAGAUUUUAAUGCCUCUUGAUAGAGCUAUACAGAUAUGAAGAUACUUGAUUGUCACAUCAAAUGUGACACUUGGAGUAGCAACUAAUAGCUGGCCUGUUCCUAACAACAAAGCAUACACACAGACUUAUGUUGAUUCUUCUGAUUUUAAGGGAAGAGAAAGGUCUGUCACAUCUGUCACUGUUUAACGCUUCAAUCAUUGUAAUAAAUUUAAGUAUAAGCAAGUAUAAUUUAAGUAUAAUUCUCAUUCAUAGCAGAUGUUUUUUAUGUGAAACUUGAAAAUACCAAUUUCGCUGCUAACACUCAACAACAGCAGUGUGUGAUAAAAUUUGACACAUAUAAAUCAUUUUGAAUGCUUUUGCAUAACACAUGCAGGCCAUGCUGGGAAUGGCGAGCGACCGCAUGCCCAUGCCUUGCCACAUGCCUUCCAUUGCUCAGAAGAUGCAGUUUGUUGCACGCCUUAAAUUAUCUGAACACUUUAUUCUAAAGUAGACAAUAUUGCCCAAUGUUUUUUUUUAUCAUAAUUCAACUAUCAACAAACGGUGAUAAUCACGCUCAAGGUUAUGGUAAACGUUUUCUGGAUGAAAACAUCCAUUUUUUGAUUUCUUCAGAUUCUAGUAGCCGACUUUCAAGGCACACAAUGAUACCAUGUUUAAAAUCAACAGAAGUUUUGAAAACGGUGAACAACCCCUGUAAAAGAAGGUUUCUGAAAUUUCUUUAUCAAAGUUUAGGUUGAGGUCUGAAAACCACUUGACCUUUCAAGCUGAUAAUCCUUGCUUUGCAGUUGUGGUUGAAUGUCUCAUUUGCAAUAUCCCAUGACACAUCCAUGUAUAUUUAAAUAGGGCCCUGUCUAUUUAAACAGGCCUAUUGACCUUGAAGCUUCAAAUGACUUGACCCAGAUUUCACUGUGGUUUACAAGUGUACUUUGCAAGUGGGAUCAGAAAAAUCCUGUUUUGUGAGGACUCACAAUUUCUCUAUAUACAGGUAUGAAAAAGCUAUUUUGUACCCAAGGAACCAAUGAAAUGGCUAUUUAAUUGGUUCUAAAAAAAUCAACAGGUAAGUUUUUUUUAUGGUGUAAACACAGUCAAAAUUCUGAAAUUUUGAAAACGAGAUUGUCAGGAGAAGCAGAGGAGAAGGGUUUUUGUAAACUACAGGAUGACAUAUUAAUUAACGUACCUUAUUGUUAAUAUUGUUUUCUUUAAUAUGUUGGAUUUGACGUUAAUAAAGCUUGUUUAACAAAAAUGUAUUGAUUGGACUAGCCUUUUGUUUUUUUAUGAUAAAGUUAUGUAGUCUAGUCUAUAUACAGCUGACUGUACUAUUAAGUACCUAGGGGCAAUAGCACACCAUUGCACGCCUUGGCACCACAAGGAGUGUGAUUCAUUGCACCCCCACCCAUUUUUUCCCAGCAUGGCCUGGAAUUUUCUGUAGCACAAAAUAUCAUGCUUGCUUAUUCAAUGUACCCAAAAACAAUAAAAUGAAACUUUAGUGACCACAGUCCUGAAUUAAUGAAAAAUAAAGAAAAUGUAGUAAGUAAUUUGACCAAAAUUAAACAGAAGAUCAAUAUAAACAUAUUAAAAAUCUUAGUUUAACCUACCACAUAUCCUUUUUGCUUUCUUUCCUUUCAGUCGUUUGAUGACAGAAUUUGUCCUGCAUGCUGUAAGCUUCAAUUCACAUUCACUUGGAUAUAAUUUGCCAUCAUUGCCACAUAUAGGUCGAUAAAUCAAUGGACAGUUUUCUGGGCACUCACCAGGCUCUAUAAAACAAAGCACAAACAUAUAACAGAAAUUAGCUCCGAGCAGAGGCGGCGCCAGAAAUCUUCCGACAGAGGGGCUGGAGCUUCCGACAGGGGGGCUAAAAUGACUAAAAUAAGCAGUUUUAGUACGUUAUUUUGUCAAAUUUGCUCCGACAAUAACCUAAAACUUCCUCCGAUGGGGUGGCUAGAUGCUUCCGACGGAGGGGCUGUAGCCCCCCUAGCCCUCCCCUGGUGCCACCACUGGCUCCAAGACAGAAAUAGCAAUCCUGGAUAUCAAAAUCUUAUCACUUAAUGGUAAAGCAAACAUCUACAUAUACAAAAAAUUACCAUCAAGAUAUUUAAAAUCAGAUUCUGCAUGAAUUAAAUUAGGAUUCAAGAACCUUCAAGACAUCAGUCAAAAACAGCCUCUAAACAGCCUAAUAAAAUUUGAUCUUAGUGUUAAAAAUCUAAUUUAAUCAUUUUUACAUGAUUUGUUUUACUGAACGAGCUGUAAUUUCUUCUAACAAAGGUUACAAGAUAUGUUCAACUCUAACGCAAUACUUACUGCAUCUUCCAAUUUUAAUAAGUGAUAUUUUCUUAUUUUUGUUACAAGAGGCUAGUUUUAGGGAACAAACGCUGCUGUAUGUUUUGUUGUCAGCACCACAAACUGGGGCAAAUAUGUCUUGGCAUCCUGCUGGGCAUUUGCUCAUUCUCUCUAAAGGACAAAACAAAAUGAAACCUUUAUAUGUUAGUGAAACUUAGCAACAGAAAAAAGCAAAAAAGUUUAACUGGUGGCAACAGCUGCAUAAACAACAAUACACAAUGUGGUACUCACUGCAGGGUCCUCGUUUGUUGAAGACAAGGUUCUUGUUCAACUUUUUCAUUUGACAAGCAGUUUUUUUAUACUGGCAGAUAUUUGGGUAGGUCUUUUCUUUUUUUGUUGAUGUAUCUGUGGCACAUACCGGCUUGUAAUUCUUCUGGCAGCUUUUGGGACAAUCUAGAUUGAAAUGAGCAAAUAAACAAUGUAUUAACUGCAAUGGGGUAUGGCUUAUUGUCAAUUGGAAAUUUCACAAAAUAGUAUAUCAACAAGUUGAUUAAACAUAUUUAACUACAAUUUAUCUAAAAGCUAGCCCCAUAUCAACAAAAAUACCUGGGGUUCUACUUUUCCAUAGGUGUUCUGUGCCGAUAAAAUUAUGGGCAAUGGUUGCAAGAUUGUAGUAGCUGUUGUCAUUUGAAAACAUGUUUUCAUAAAAAACAAUCGUGAACACCGAAUUCAUAUCCAAUAGUAAAGUAAUCAACAACAUUGUAGCAUCUCCUUGUUUAAUGUGUGUAUUUCAGUCAGUAAACUUGCCAAGAUGCAAGAGUCAACAUUGUUUCUUAAUGCCCAUUUCCACUUGGUUCACAUUAAAUGUUCGCUGUUCACAGUUCGUUGUUUGCUGCUGGCUGUGCAAAGCGAAUGGAAAAGGGGUAGAGCAUCAUGAUUUCAGUUUCCACUUCAAGAGAAGCGUUUGGGUCAAGUGUGGUCAAUAACAAUUUUCUUAUUCUGAAUGAAAAAUGUUAGAAAGAAGCUUGUUGCUUUUUUAGGGGCAAAUAACUCCAUGGAAAUUUGUACACCUCUUGUUGAAAUCCUUUUUAGGACACUGAGUGAAAGUUUGGUCAUGCCAGGGGCUCAAACCAUGGACCCUUGGGUCUGUAGUCAGCGCCUCCAACAACUGAGCCAUCCUCGCACCUGUGCCCAUGUUUGUUCAUCUGAGAACCCCAAGAAAUCAUUUGGUUUUGGUGGUGAUCUCUUAUGCUCUUAACAAAAGUGAUUGUCCCUUGUUGGUACAGCUUAGUGAACAUAAAAACUUUAUUCAAUUCUUUCGCACUGUGCCUAAUUUUGAAGAGUAGGUUUUUAGUAGUACUGUUGGUGUUUAUGUUGUUUAACAGUAUGCCAAGAUAACUUAGGUCAACAGUUAACAUCAAAAUGAUGUGUUGGUGAUAUCAAACUGUCACCUAUAGCAAGUGGGGAACCAUUGGUAAACCUUUUUCUGUUGGCUGAGCAAGUUCACUCAAAUAUGAAACACAUGCAAACAGUCAAAUUCAACUCAGCAGCAACAACUGUUUUCUGUUCACUGGCAAACAGCAAACAGCGAAAUCCCUUGUGAACUGCAUAUGCACAUGAAGUGGGCCUUAAAUGUUUCCUUGUUCUUUCCUGUUCUAAAUUUUUCAUUAGAUCUUCUAAAAAACAAUUCUCUACCACAAAUCAAUUAAAUAGGAAAUAAAAGUUCAUCAGAAUCACAAGCUCUUAUAAAUUUCUUUCGUCCUUGUAUUUAACUCCCCUAAUAUAAAUUCUGUCUUUGGGUACAUAACUUUUGUCAAUCUUAUCACCAAAACCUCAUAUCUAUGAUUGUAAUGGCAGACAAAAAUUUUAAUUCCAAGACAACCGUGUCUGCCUAUUUCAGAUUAGAUUCGGUUUCUUUUGAAUAAAAAAGGAUAUAUUUUUUGCGAUUUUCUCUAAGAUCUAGCUUGUGGUUGCAAAAUCUCAUUGUAAAAACAAAGCAAUUUUUCUGCCACAGAAUUUUUUUGGCUCUUUACAAAACUCAAGCCUUCAAAACACUUACAGCAUAUCCAGACUGUAAGGUAGCUUUGAAAACAAUGAUUUGGAAUGUACAUUUUUUAAACAUGAAGUAAUACUGACUGCUCCCUAAUUAAUUAUGAAAACUGAUUUCUCAUCAUGUGCAAGUUUAGUUGUAAGUGUUAGUCUAAACCGGGAAGUGUUCAAUAAAGGGUGAAUACUGGAGGCAGACAUAGUGAAUUAAAUAUUGGGUAGAUCAUAUAGGUUUGGCAAUAUUGCCUUGAUAACAAUGGGAACUAAGUUUCUCAUUCAUGCAUUAGUUAGUGCGAGUCAGUCAGUAAUGCAUAAACUCCUCGGCCUAUAAACGAACAUGUGUAUUUGAUUGAUCAUUGUUUGCCAUAUUAGGAAAACAAUUUAAAGGUUAUUCAACAGGUAUAUCACUUUAAAAUUUACCCACAUACUAACACUGUUUCAUUUCUCACAGAUAUCAGAUUUAGAUUAAGUAGGAAAACUCUAAAAGAAGUAAAUAUCUUUUUCCAUAAAAAAGAACAAAAUAUCUCUCUUUGAAUGUUUAUUGAAAGAAAAUUACCACAAGAUCCAGGAUGUUCCACUUUGAUAUCUUGUUUCUUUUCACAUGACUCCUUCCGUAGAUGACAAGAAGUCAAGUAUGUCUUGCCAUCACUUCCACAAACCAUCUCCUCACCUGCAGGGCAACUGUUGACACAUUUUGUACUUUGGAUGCCUGUUGA